CCAUUUUGUCUCUGUCACUCGCGGGCGGGCGGGCAGUGCGGGCGGGGAGGGCUGGGAGAAGGAAGGAAGGAAGGAAGCGGCGGCCGGCGCGGGGGCCUCGGGCAGGCGGACACCAUGAUCUCGGCCGCGCAGCUCCUGGACGAGCUCAUGGGCCGGGACCGAAACCUGGCCCCGGACGAGAAGCGCAGCAACGUGCGGUGGGACCACGAGAGCGUUUGUAAAUACUACCUUUGUGGGUUUUGUCCAGCUGAAUUAUUUACAAAUACGCGUUCUGAUUUAGGUCCUUGUGAAAAAAUACAUGACGAAAAUCUACGUAAGCAGUAUGAGAAGAGUUCUCGAUUUAUGAAAGUGGGCUAUGAAAGAGACUUUCUUCGGUAUUUACAGAGCUUACUUGCAGAGGUAGAACGUAGGAUUAGAAGAGGCCAUGCACGUUUGGCACUCUCCCAGAACCAGCAGUCAUCAGGACAAGCAGCUGGACCUACUGGUAAAAAUGAAGAGAAGAUUCAAGUGUUAACUGACAAAAUUGAUGUACUACUGCAACAAAUUGAAGAACUGGGUUCAGAAGGAAAAGUGGAAGAGGCCCAAGGAAUGAUGAAACUUGUUGAACAGUUAAAGGAAGAGAGAGAGUUGCUCAGGUCUACAACUUCAACGAUUGAGAGCUUUGCAGCCCAAGAAAAGCAGAUGGAAGUGUGUGAAGUCUGUGGAGCCUUUUUAAUUGUAGGAGAUGCACAGUCCAGGGUAGAUGACCACUUGAUGGGGAAGCAGCACAUGGGUUAUGCUAAAAUAAAAGCUACUGUAGAAGACCUAAAAGAAAAGUUAAGGAAAAGAACUGAAGAACCUGAGCGGGAUGACCGGUUAAAAAAGGAGAAGCAAGAGCGAGAAGAAAGAGAGAAAGAGAGAGAGCGUGAAAGAGAAGAGCGGGAACGGAAGAGAAGGCGUGAAGAAGAAGAAAAGGAAAAAGAGAGGGCUCGUGACAGAGAGAGGCGCAAAAGGAGUCGUUCCCGUAGCAGACAUUCAAGCAGAACAUCUGACAGAAGAUGCAGCCGAUCACGGGACUACAAAAGAUCAAGAAGCAGAGAAAGAAGGCGAAGCAGGAGUAGAGAUCGACGAAGAAGCCGAAGCCAUGAUCGGUCAGAAAGAAAACACAGGUCUCGCAGCCGGGAUAGGAGACGAUCGAAGAGUCGUGAUCGGAAAUCGUACAAGCACAGAAGCAAAAGCAGAGAUAGAGAACAAGACAGGAAAUCUAAAGAAAAAGAAAAGAGGGGAUCUGAUGAUAAAAAAAGUAGUAUGAAGUCCAGUAGUCGAGAAAAACAGAGUGAAGACACAAACACAGACUCGAAGGAGAGUGAGACUAAGAAUGAGGUCAAUGGGACCAGUGAAGACAUUAAAUCUGAAGUGCAGCGUAAGUAUGCACAGAUGAAGAUGGAACUAAGCCAAGUAAGAAGACUAACUAAAGCACCUUCUGAAGGAAAAGACAGUGUAGUCCUGCAAAACAUUUUGAGGUACAUUGUUUUGUCUCGGCUAUUUUGUAGCAGACUCGUGCCCCCAUUAGUGUGCCUCUUUGGAACAUACUUGUAAUAUGGUCACCAUAGAAAACUUAAUUAUCCUUUUUUUAAUUUUAGGGAUUUUGUUGUCGCUUUUUUUUAAAAGAAAUUGAACUGUUUUUUGUAUUUAAGUCCAUAUUGUGUUGGUACAUCAGCAGAAACAUUUGCUUUAAUACUUAAUAUUUGAGGCACAUGUUGGACUACUUUGUUUUUAUAUAAACUGCUAGUAUUUCUUUGUCAAGGAUGUUUCUAGUUUUUUUUGCUUUAUUGCCUUGCAUUCUAAUGCAGUUUGUUCUGUAACUCGAGAGCCAGUAGCAUUGGAUUGAUGGAAGUGUAGGGUUUAUGAAUUAUUGCAGCUGACUACCAUACCUCACACAGCGUUGGUGUUGUGAGCGGCCCAUGAAAAGCCAAAUUAAAAAUCAAGGAUUCAGUCAAACUAAGCAGGUACUCAUGCCAGGUACUCCUUUCUCUACCCACAUCCAUGUUUGAAUGCUGUUGCCUGUAAUCUUUAAGCUUACUGUUGUGUUUUUAUUUACAAGAUAGUGAAAAGGAUUUUUGUGUAUUGUGUGAAAACUGUAAAUCUGAUGUUAACAGAAUGGAAUUUUCUUUCAACUGUAUGUAGGGAUGCAGUGCUGCCCAGAAUUAGAUAUCUUUAAAGAGUUUUAAAUGCAAUAAACACUACAUAAUAACCGCCUUGUUACAUUCAAUGCAAUUCAAGUCUUUAAGAGGUAUGUGUUUAAUAUUUCCUACUGUGUAGGAGAAUUUGCAGUCGGCCAUAGUACCAUGCAGUAUAAUGGCUGAAAUCAGACUUGUGAGGCAAAUGUAAAUACAAAGGCCAGAUGCCCUGAAACUGUUACAGUACUACGUGGCAAGAAUGUGUGCUGACCAUUCUGAUUUAUUAUAAAAAAAACCUAAACAUUAGGACAUAAAAAUACUGUAUCAACCUUAAAAGUUUUCUUCCAUUUCUUGACCUAGCUUGCUUAAAUAAAGGAUUCUUAGAUAUAUUCCUAAAAUAAGGAACUAACACUUGGAGAAUACCUCUGAUUUUACAUCAGCUCCUUGCAACAUAAGCUAUUAGUAGAGCUUCACUAUUUAUGCUAGGAACUCUUAAACACUUAAUGUGCCAUCCUUAAACUAUUAAUAUGACAGUAUUGCUCCUAAAGCCCCUACUGGUCAGUGUUGACGUCGUAGUAGAGUAAGAUGACAGCUAACAACUGGGCCAAUAUUUAGGAAUGGUAAUCUAAACUCUCUUUGCGUUGUUUAAUUGUCUGCUUUCCCAAAAUUUUGCAUUAUAGGACUCCCACGUGAAGAGUCUGUGAAGAAUCCGGAAGACAGCUUAAUGAAGAUCUGCUUUAAAAUGAGGUGAAAGAAAGCUGUAGUGACGUAGAAAAAUAUUAAGUUCAGUUAGAAUUUUUUAUAAAAUUUAAUUCAGGACUGGUGUUACCUCCCAGAGUUCAGAGGGAUGUGUUAAUAGCAUAUGUGCUACUGAAAAUAUAUAAGUCCUGUAUCUUUUUUUUUUUUCUUUUAAGACUUUUUAAGAAACCAACAUAACCUGAACACAUGGCUUGCUCAGUGUUUAAUUGCAAGUUUUCAUUCUUGGACUUUAAAACACAGAAAUAAAUGUUUAGUAUUUGUGUGAAGCAAACUAAAAUUAAUCCCAUUUUUACAACUAGGCUCUACCUAGCUUCUUGAUAUACCAGAAAUGGAAAUAAUAAAGUAUCUUUGAAUUUCUGUUACAGAUUUGAUUGUCUCUGUCAUUGAACGUUUAGUAUUAAAUACACUUAUUUCUUAAUAAAUUUAUUUGUGUCUUCGAGCUU